AUGGGACCACCAGCAAGCUGCGCAGCACUAGUCCAAAGAAACGGCAAACCAACAAAAGGCAUCAUUUCCGUUCCCGUACCGCAAGAGCACCAAGUUCUCGUAAAUGUUUCAUACGUUGCACAAAACCCCACAGACGUCCAGGCGAAUGACCAAAACGCCUUUGGGGAUGACGCCGUAUUAGGCUGUGACUUUGUAGGCACUGUCGAGAAAUUAGGUCCCAACGUCAGCAAGGUCAAAGAAGGGGAUGUGAUGGCUGGAUUGAUUUGGGGCGGCGAGGUCAAGGGACAAGGUGCAUACAGCGAGUACACUGUUGCAGACGAGCGAAUCUGCUUCAUUGUUCCGGAUGGUAUUUCGCACGAAGAAGCUGCUACGGUCCCUUUGGCCGCUUGCACAGCUCUCUUGGCAUUCUUCUCCAAGGACUGCUUGGGCAUUGAUAGAGCGCAAUGCAAGCGGCAGAGUGUCCUUGUAUGGGGAGGGAGCUCGAGCGUUGGAUUAUACGCUAUCCAAGUGGCCGCCAUGUAUGGCCUCAACGUCAUCACCACAUGCAGCCCUCGACAUCAUGACCAGGCCAGUGAACUUGGGGCAAAGCACGUCUUUGACUAUCGCGACGAGGACAUUGUCAGCAAAAUCGUGAAUGCUGAGCCGAAUUUGAAAUACGUAUUUGACACGAUUGGCAACGACAAAUCGUCGGUUACUGCCUCUCAGGCAAUCACAAGCAAGGGAGGUCGCUUGUGUACGGUUCGCCCUGGGAAAGCCUUUACCGAGGGUGCGUCGAAGCAGACCACGGUGACGGACGUAUUAGUUUGGACGGCAUUUCUCAAGGAACACCGAUAUGGGAAAUUUUUCUGGCCGCCGAAUAAAGGAGACCAUGAGAUGUGUGUCGAGUUUUGCGAGCAGCUUCCGAAGUUGCUGUCUAAGGAAAUUAUAAAACCUAAUAAUGCAAAGGUUUAUACGAAUGGGUUGGAUGGGGUGACAGAGGGCUUUCAGCAAUAUCGUGAUGGAAAGAUUUCCAAUUAUAAGAUUGUGUAUAAGUUGUGA